AUGAGCAAUGGUGCCACCCAGAUAACGACUCGAUUGGCAAGAGCCAGUCGACAUUCUCGGCUGGCCACGCCAUCCGCUGCUUCACGAUGUCUGUCGACCGCACCGCAAAGACAAUGGUCGACCCCGCUAGCAAAGACUAUUGCUGAGGCCAUCAACACCACCGGCCCGAUUUCCAUCGCUGCGUAUAUGCGGCAAUGCCUCACGUCACCUGAGGGCGGUUAUUACACCUCGCGCGGCUCGCCCGGGGCUGAAGUGUUUGGGAGACGGGGCGAUUUCAUUACGUCGCCGGAGAUUUCGCAGAUGUUUGGUGAGCUGCUGGGUGUCUGGACAGUUACGGAAUGGAUGGCCCAGGGACGGCGGAGUCGCGGCGUUCAGUUGAUCGAAGUCGGUCCGGGACGGGGUACACUCAUGGCGGACAUGCUUCGGUCCGUGCGGAAUUUCAAGAGUUUUGCGUCAAGCAUAGAAGCGAUAUAUCUUGUGGAGGCAAGCCCUACGCUACGAGCGAUACAGAAGCAAAUGCUAUGUGGCGAUGCACCGAUGGAGGAGAUAGAGGCAGGGUACAAGAGUACUAGCAAACAUCUAGGCGUCCCUGUGAUAUGGGCAGAGCAUAUACGGUCGCUGCCGCAGGGCGAUACCGAUGUGCCUUUUAUCAUUGCUCAUGAAUUUUUCGACGCUCUCCCAAUCCACGCCUUCCAGUCCGUUGCGUCUCCUCCCUCCGACACAAUUGUUACACCCACUGGCCCUACCAAACUCCGUCAGCCACUUGCUUCAAGCCCAACGCAAUGGAGAGAGUUGGUCGUAUCCGUUAAUCCAGCAGCAGAGGCCCACGCUGAGAAUCGACUUGAAUUCCGUCUAUCUCUCGCUAAGUCAACGACACCCGCUGCAAUGGUGAUGCCAGAGAUGUCUGAGCGCUACAAGGCCUUGAAAUCCACGCGCGGAUCCACAAUUGAAAUUAGCCCUGAAAGCCACGCAUAUGUACAAGAAUUUGCUCGCCGCAUCGGGGGGAAAGCAGACGGAAGGUCCCCAGGCCGGAAACCCGCCGGAGCAGCGUUAAUUUUGGAUUACGGCCCAUCGCAUUCCAUACCUGUGAAUUCAUUACGUGGCAUUAAGGAUCAUCAGCUGGUUUCUCCGUUUACGUCACCGGGACAAGUCGAUCUCAGUGCUGAUGUUGAUUUCGUCGGUUUGGCAGAAGCCGCUAUUAAGGCUAGCCCGGGUGUUGAAGUUCAUGGGCCGACAGAACAAGGGAGCUUUUUGCAGUCUUUGGGUAUCAUGGAAAGAGCAGCACAGUUGAUGAAACGAGCCGAAGAUGAAUCGAAAAGGAAAAGCAUCGAGACCGGGUGGAAGAGACUAGUGGAGAGAGGAGGCGGGGGAAUGGGGAAGAUUUACAAGGCCAUGGCUAUUGUUCCUGAAGCUGGAGGCACCAGGAGGCCCGUUGGGUUUGGUGGCCAGGUUCCUGCCUAA